GCACGUAAGAAUCGAUCGUAACAAAUAUGUUAUCAUCAACAUAGCAGUUGUUGAGAUCGACGAAACGGAACAAUUUACCAUGGAAACCCAAUUCACAAAUGAAAACUAUGGAAUUCCAUACGAUUUCGGCAGCGUAAUGCACUACUCGGCGAGAAGCUUUGGAGUUAAAAAUAAAAUCGUGAUAAUGCCUGCCGAUGAGAACUACAUAGAGACUAUGGGUUCACCAUUCGUUUCAUUCUAUGAUCUGCUCAUGAUGAAUAUCCUCUACAAAUGUCUUGACAGAUGCAAAGGAAAACCCGACUUGGUUAGAUGCAAAAUGGGAGGUUUCCCAAAUCCUAGAGAUUGCUCAAAGUGCGUUUGUCCCUCAGGAUAUGGAGGCAGGCUAUGCGAUAAACUGCCACCUGGUUGCGGGAAAAUACUGGAAGCUACCACUUCUUGGCAGUACUUGAAUACAACCACCGGGUAUGAAGGAGUAACAAGAACCGACCAGAAAGUGGAUUUCAAAAAAUGUCAUUACUGGAUACAGGCUCCUGAGAAAAGGAAAAUAGAAAUAAGGAUUAUGCACUAUUCUCCGGAUGCGCCUAGCGAAGGAUGCUUCUUUGGAGGAUUUGAGAUCAAAUCACAAAGAGAUCAAGGCAUGACUGGUUAUAGGUUCUGCUCUUCUGCAUAUCUCGGAAAAAAUUUUGUGUCACACGGCAACCUUCUGCCGGUCAUUACGUACAGUAGAGUCUGGCCAAUCAUUGCUAAAUUUACAUAUAGAUACAUCUGAACUCUGCUUGUC